GUCUUCAGAUCAGCCUCCUAAGGAACUAAGAUUACAGGCAUGAGCCACCAGUAUUUGGUAAAUCUAUUAAACACUAUACUUCUAGGCUUCUAUAAUCUCAUAGCAAAGUAUCCUUCCCACUGUACAGAUAAGAAAACUCAGGCCACAGACAAUCAAACCACCACCAGUGCUGAGGUUGGAAGGAGCCAGGGGAAGGGAAGGGCUUGUGGCUGUGCUAACCCAUGCUCACAUAGGCGUCAGGGAAAAGGGGGUAGGUGAUGGCUUUUUUCUCUGUGCCUCCCCUGCCCACCAGAAACCAUCCAUUCCUGGUCCAGGCAAGUCUGUCUUUCCGGAUGGCGGGGGUGGGCCAGAGGAUGAUCUUAUCCACUUGUCCCCACGGCCCUGACCCGCUGACCUCUCCCUCGCCACCGAUUUCUUCAUACUGGUUCAACAUUAACCCAGAGGGAUCAGGACAGUCCUUCAGAUCGCAGGAGCCGACACAUUAUGGCGCACGUCGGAGGCCUGCGGCUACCUGGCUACCUGGCCCUGGCUGCCCUGUUUACCCUUGUGCACGGCCAGCAUGUGUUCCUGGCCCCUCAGCACGCACUGGCGCUGCUCCAGCGGGUUCGCAGAGCCAACACCGGCUUCCUGGAGGAGAUGCGCAAGGGCAACCUGGAGCGGGAGUGCGUGGAGGAGCAGUGCAGCUACGAGGAGGCCUUCGAGGCGCUGGAGUCCACCAGCGCCACGGAUAUCUUUUGGGCCAAGUACACAGCUUGUGAUUCAGUGAGGACAACUCGGGAGAUUUUCACGGAAUGUAUGGAAGGUCACUGUGCCAAGGAUCUGGGAGUGAACUAUCGAGGGACUGUGAACGUCACUCGGUCUGGCACUGAAUGCCAACUCUGGAAUAGUCGCUACCCACACAAGCCUGACAUCAACUCUGUCACCCACCCUGGGGCUGAACUGCAGGAGAAUUUCUGCCGCAAUCCAGAUGGCAGCACCCUUGGUCCCUGGUGCUACACCACGGACCCCACUGUGCGCAGGGAGGAAUGCAGUGUCCCCAUCUGUGGCCAGGAGGGAGAGACCACUGUGAAGGUGAUUCCCCGCGCUGGGGGCUCCAAGGUGAACAUGGACACUGCACUGGACCAGUGUGUCCCUGAGCGUGGCCAGCAGUACCAGGGGCAGCUGGCAGUAACAGCCCUGGGAACCCCCUGCCUGGCCUGGGCCAGUGAAGAGGCCAGGGCCCUGAGCAAGGACCAGGACUUCAAGCCAGAGGUGAAGCUGGAGGGAAACUUCUGCCGAAACCCCGAUGGAGACCAGGAGGGUGCCUGGUGCUACGUGGCAAACCAGCCUGGCGACUUUGAGUACUGUGACCUCCACUACUGUGAUGAGGCAGUGGAAGAGGAGGCCGGCGAGGAUGGAGACGUGGCCAUCUCAGGGCGCACUACGACCGAGGAGUUCCAGACCUUCUUUGAUGAGACCACGUUUGGAGCAGGGGAGGCAGACUGUGGCCUGCGGCCUCUGUUUGAGAAGAAGUCGUUGCAAGACCAAACGGAAUCGGAGCUUCUGGAUUCUUACAUCGAGGGGCGCAUUGUGGGCGGCUCAGAAGCUGAGAUUGGCAUCGCUCCCUGGCAGGUGAUGCUUUUCCGAAAGAGUCCCCAGGAGCUCCUGUGUGGGGCCAGCCUCAUCAGUGACUGCUGGGUCCUCACAGCUGCCCACUGCCUCCUGUACCCACCCUGGGACAAGAACUUCACUGAGAAUGAUGUUCUGGUGCGCAUCGGCAAGCACUCCCGUACCAGGUAUGAGCGGAAUGUAGAAAAGAUCUCCAUGCUGGAGAAGAUCUACAUCCACCCCAGGUACAACUGGAGGGAGAACCUGGACCGGGACAUUGCCCUGCUGAAGCUCAAGAAGCCCAUCACCUUCACCGACCACAUUCACCCGGUGUGCCUGCCGGACAAGGACACCGUGACCAGGUUGUUCCAGGCUGGGCACAAAGGGCGAGUGACAGGCUGGGGCAACCUGAGGGAGACGUGGACAACUAGCAUCAGUGAGGUGCAGCCCAGCGUCCUGCAGGUGGUGAACCUGCCCAUCGUGGAGCGGCCCGUGUGCAAGGCCUCCACCCGGAUCCGCAUCACUGACAACAUGUUCUGUGCUGGUUACAAGCUUGAUGAAGGGAAGCGAGGGGAUGCCUGUGAAGGUGACAGCGGGGGCCCCUUCGUCAUGAAGAACCCCUUUAACCAGCGCUGGUAUCAAAUAGGCAUUGUGUCAUGGGGAGAAGGCUGUGACCGGGAUGGGAAAUAUGGCUUCUACACACACGUGUUCCGCUUGAAGAGAUGGAUACAGAAGGUCACUGAGCGGUAUGGAUAGAGGGCCGCUUCUGGAAAAAUCACAGAGGACAAUCCAGUGAAAGAAUUAUUUUUGUGGUUUCUUAAACUCUAGUUCCCAUUAAAAGUGACUUUCGUCAAUGA